AUGGAUAUUGACAAAGCUCUGGGAAGACAUGUUAAGGUAGAUGAUGUUAUUCUUAAGAGACAAAUUGGUUAUUAUGCUAGUGUCUUGGUGGAAGUGGAUCUAUCUAAAUCAAUUCCAGAAAAGGUUUGGGUUAAAACCAAAUAUGGAGGUUUCUCUCAAAGAAUCCAAAUGCCUAAGGUUCCUAAAUUCUGUAAUCACUGCAAAGUUAUUGGACACUAUGUUGCAGAAUGUAGAGUCAAAAAAAAGGAAACAACUCAAAAACAGGGAAGUAAUAAUGAAGAAUCUUCAGUGAAAAGAAGAACCAGAAACAAGAACAAGAAUAAAGAAGAUAUUACUCCAUUCAUUGGUUUUGAUAUUGGUAUCUCUGAUAAAGAGGAUCAUCCAUCAGAAGUUUUAACUCCAUCUGCUCCAGUUAAUCUAGAAGAAGGAGAAAUUACUUCUGGGAGAUAUAAAGUUCUUAAGGAAAUAGAUUCAAUUCUUGAUAAUACAGAUGACUUCCCUCCUUUAGAAGUAACAGUUAAAGAAGUUAUUCUUGAAGUGGCAAAGAAGACUGGAGUAGGGAAAAAGCCUGAAUUGCCAAAAGUUACAACAAAGAAACAUGCUGCAAAAAAAGGUGAUCAUGGGAAGAAGAGCCCUUCUCUUCAACCUCCUUCAAAAUGA